AUGCUCAUCCGCCUCAGAACUUCGUUGUCCUCUUGUUUUUCUCAGGCUUCGCACGAGCUACAGCACGGCAGUGAUCUGACGCUGAUCCCCCAGCUAUACGCCUAUGAAUGCCAAACGAUAAACUCGUCAACUCCUCGCUUUAGUGGCGAGCUCUCGGGAUGCACGCACGAUGCCAGAGCAGAUGCUUCCACAGCACGCUGCGACUACAUCCUCCAUAUGAGCUCGAUAGCUCUGUCGCUGAGCCCUCGUCUCUGCAGUGCUGUGCCGUUGCGCGGCGUUUCGUCGACAAGUGAACGCGUUUUCGCGCGACAGAGCCGAGCGAGUCUCGCUUGGCGGUCUGUGCCUCGUAUCAGCGUUAUCCUGACCAUCUCUCAGCAACUAUCAUGGCUGAAACGAGAGCACAAUCUGCGACUCGUCAUCAGCGCAUCGCUUCCUUCUCUCUCGACAGAGCCCUUCAUCAGCGAUAUGUCUGGACUGCUGCAUGAACAUGAGUCGCCCGUCAGUGCAAACGAAGUCUUGACCUUUACCGAUGAGAAGAAGGACAAGCAUUACGACAUCAUCACACAAUCGGCCUCCCACGAUGAGUUCGGCAACCCUUUGCCUACACUCGAGGAUAUGGCCAAUCUCCGUCGCAUCUCAGACAAUCUGCCGUGGCCUGCCUACUUGAUCGCCUUUCGUUUCUCGUGGUAUGGCUGCACGGUCGUCUUCACCAACUUCAUUCAGCAAAAGCUGCCCAGUCCUACUGGCGCAGGUGGCUUCAAUGGCCAGUCAGGCGCUCUUGGCAUGGGCCAACAGGCUUCGACGGGCAUCACGACUGCCUUUUCAUUCUAUGCUUAUCUCUGUCCGCUCCUCGGUGGCUACGUAGCAGACAGCUACUUUGGACGGUACAAGACCAUCGUCUAUUCUCUCGUUAUCGCUCUCGUCGGUCACGCUCUCCUUAUCGUCUCCGCCCUCCCCGGUGUCAUUGGCGAGCUUGGCAAAGCCCUGCCGGUCUUCAUCGUCGCCUUGCUCUUCAUGGGCCUUGGCACAGGUGGAUUCAAGGCGCGUUCUACUAGGGAACCCAAUAUCUCGCCCCUCGUGGCAGAACAGUACAAGCCGACUGUACCAUUCUUGCGCAAUCUUCCUACCGGUGAAACCGUCAUCAUCGAUCCUGCCUUGACCGUCUCCCGCAUCUAUCAGUACUUUUACCUCGCCAUUAACAUCGGCGCCCUGCUCGGCCAGAUCGGCAUGGCCUGGGCCGAAAAGAUGGUCGGCUUCUGGCUCGCCUAUGCCUUGCCCACCCUCGUCUUCUGUCUGUGCCCAUUCGUACUUUGGGCCGCCAACUCAAGAUACACGAAGAAGCCUCCCGCUGGCUCGGUCUUUGGCUCUUCCAUGCGUGUCCUCGGCCGCAGUCUCGCUGGCAAGUUCUCCUGGAACCCCGUUCAGCUCAUCAAGAAUUGGAACGCUCCUGGCUUCUGGGAGCCAGCGAAACCCUCUCGAGGUGCCAUCGUCCAGUGGGACGAUGCCUUCGUCGACGAAGUUCGCCGCGGUUUCAAAGCAUGCGCGGUCUUCACUUUCUACCCUCUCUACUGGCUCUCGUACAACCAGCUCAACAACAACUUGACCUCGCAAGCUGCCACGAUGACCACCCAUCAUAUUCCGAACGAUGUUCUGAGCAACUUGGACCCUUUUGCACUCAUCGUACUUAUCCCGGUCUUUGACAAGCUCAUCUACCCCGGCAUUGCGCGUCUCGGCGUCGACUUUACGCCAAUCAAGAAGAUCACAGCCGGCUUUAUGACCGGCGCGCUCGCGAUGGUCUGGGCCACUGUGCUGCAGCAGUACAUCUACAACUCAACGUCUUGCGGCAAUACAAUCAGCACCUGCGUUGACAAGGAUCAGAAUCCCAUCGUCUCGCCUAUCAACGUCUGGGCUCAAUCCGGAGCUUAUAUCCUAAUCGCAAUCUCGGAAAUCUUCGCAAGCAUUGCCGGUCUCGAAUAUGCCUUUACAAAGGCUCCCAAGAGCAUGCGAUCUCUCGUCAUGGCCAUCUUCCUAUUCGAAUCAGCUGUCUCUAGCGCGAUCGGUGAAGCCAUCGUCACGUUAUCAGCAGAUCCUUACCUAGUCAUCAACUAUGGAUCGGCAGCUGGUAUUGCAGCUGGUGGCGGCAUCGCCUUCUGGCUCUGUUUCCGUCAUCUUGACGCAGAGGAGCAUGAUCUCAACGUGCUUCCAGAGGGUAAAUUUGGGGACGAAGAGUAG